AUGGGUUGCGGAAUCUCAAAGUUCGAACCUAAGGAGGUAGUCGAAGCAACUGCCGAUUGCCCCCACAAUCCUCCUCGUUCCCACAAGUCUUCCACCACCAAUUGCUUCACCGGUGAACCCAAGCCAUCGGUUCAAGAAGGAUCUACGACUGAGAAGCAGUCUCGAAAAGGUAAUGGCUCUUCUCGGGAUCGAGAGGUGGCUGGGGAGAAGAUGGUGAAGAUGAGUGUGAAUGUGAAGCGAGAAAAAGUAGAAGAGGACGAUCGACAAAUGGAAACAAUGACUCAAAUAAAUUUUGAAGAUCCUAACGAUGAUCAAAAUUAUCGUAAGAUUUUUCGAGGAGGAUCGCCGAGUUUUAGGGAGUAUUGCAUUGGAUCUAAAUCGAGAUCAAGGAGUAUAGGAAGUGAAGAUAACUACGACGGAGAUCAUGGCAUGUGGCCGAACGAACGAACGCUGAAUUUAGAAAAGGAGAAGAAGGAAGAGAAAAAAGAACGAAGAGGAAAAGGCACGAAGAAGACAUUACGUCGUGGAAAAUCAGGUGAAGGGAGGAGUUUAUUGAGUACUUCACGUGGUCGUCACCAACAGCAAAACGACAAAUUUUCUUCUUUGGAUGACGAUACUUCUAAUAAGCAUCUACCUGCAAGAGCGUCUUGAUUUCCU